AUGUCUCAGCCUCGUAUCCUUCUCACUGGAGCAACGGGCUACAUCGGUGGCUCAGUCCUAACGGCACUCAAGGAAAGUCUAUCCCAAGAAGUACAAAAUAUGCAGAUUGAUGUCCUCAUCCGAGGAGCUGAGAGAGGCCCCCAAUUCCAAGAACUGGGUGUUGGUGUCAUUCUUUUCGACAGCCUAGACGAGACAGAAUUCAUCCGGAAGCUCGCUCGCGAAUAUGAUGUUAUUAUCAACACCGCUUCGGCGUUUCACACCGAGUCCGCCAUCGCUAUGAUCACGGGUCUCAGUGAUCGACAGGCCCAGACAGGUCGUAAGACACAUUUGAUUCAUACAUCCGGUACAUCCAGCAUCGCUGACCGUCCGGUCAGUAAGGUCUACCUAGAAUCCCGCGAGCUGCAUGAUACCGACGACGUAUACGCAUACCAGCAGAGUCGCGAAGCCCACGAAGCAUAUAAACAGCGCACCACCGACCUAGCCGUCUUCCGCACUGGUCUCGACCUAUCCGUUAAGACGACCAUCAUCAUGGCCCCGACGAUCUUCGGAGUCGGCACGGGCCCUGUCAAUCAGCUCUCGAUCCAAAUUCCCGCUCUCGUACGCCGCGCUUUGCAUUAUGGGCACGCCGUGGUCAUCGGAGAUGGACAAGGCGAAUGGGAUCAUGUGCAUAUUGCCGACCUCGUCGCUCUGUUCGAGCUUGUCCUGGAGAAGGUGCUGGCUGGGGCAGACGAUGUGCCAUAUGGGGCCCAAGGCUUACUAUUCGCGGAGACGGGUCGUCAUUCGUGGAUGGAUGUGUCACGCGGAAUCGCAGCAGCGGGAUUUGAGAUCGGGUUGUUGAAAACUGACCAGGUCCAAAGCGUGUCCUUGUCGGAGGCAGCGUCGUGGGCUCCCAAUGGAAGUGCACAGGUGCGCGAGCUGGGAUUUGCGUCUAAUGCUCGAUCGAAAGCCACAUUGAGCAGAGCAUUAGGAUGGCAGCCAAAAAGAACCGAGGAGGACUGGCACCGCGCGUUCAAGGAGGACUUUGCGGCUAUUGCUAAGGCGAUAGCCUGAGUAUCAUGGACAAUGACAGGUAUGGCAUGAAAUGGCAAAGGUGGAAGGGUUCUAGAGACUGCUGGUUUUCUUAGUACAUACUCAGUGGUUCGACAGUCAAAGCCGAUGAUUUUUCCGAGAAAUCUCUUCCAUUCAUAGUUGAAUAGGGCUAUUUGGGCUAUCUUUUUAUAUUGUUU